GCUUGGGUACGACAUGGAUGGUAACGAAACACAUGUUUACCGCACCUGUCAGCCAGAUUUAGGUUGGAAUGGCACGGAGCCAGUGUGCAUUCCAAAGGACUGUGGCCCUCUUAGUCCUCCGACCAACGGCGUUGUUUCCCAUUCUGGAGGAGUGAGUGGAAACACAACAUUCGGUGCCAUGGCAACGUAUACCUGUAACUAUGGAUACGAACAAUCGCAUUACUUGACUCGGACCUGUACAAGUAAUUCGACAUGGUCAAGUACGGAGCCGCUUUGCAGUUUAAUUGGACCGACCACAAAACGACCUAACUCCCCGCUCUACAUCAUGCCCUGCAUCUGCUACAAUAAUUACUCAUGGACGGGCCUCAGUCAGGACGAAAUAACCCAACUCCUCAUUCGGGAGACGACUAUCCAGAAAAAGAACACCUCGCGCUACCUCGCUCGACUCUCGUGCCGCGAAGAUCCGCGGAGUUCUUCCACAGUCGUUGGCGUCGUUGGGACCGCUAUAAUUGGCGGUAUUUUCCUUAUGAUAUUUCUCGCCGACGUCCCGACCCUCUACAAGCAUAUCCGAGAGGCGAUUAGAAAGGUCAAGGGACAUUCAUAG